GACACGCACAAAAAAGGCUUAACUUAUCGACAUUUACUUGCCUUCGUAAAUGUACGUUGAGCUGUGCAAUGCCUAAGGGUACGCGAACCCUGGAAGUCCUCAGGUACGAUGAACCCCGAGCGUUGGCAUAACGGGUACAAUGAAACCCGCGCGUGGCGAAGUAUAAACGAGAACAAGAUUAUGCGAAAUAAGCAGACGCUCAGUAUGUAUACAAUACGGGUUUCUCGGUGCAGAUUCAUGUUCAGGAGAACAUACCUACCAAUUCGACCACGAUGGACGCGCAGGCAGCAAAAGCAGCAAUCGUACAGAAGGAGGCCUUGGAUGUUUUCAUCGUACAGGCAACGGCAGCAUCGUGGCCAUUCUUCAUCCUAGCAACUCUAGUCUUUUGCAUGCGAACGGUGUCGCGAAUCAGAUUCACCGAGGCCAAACUAGGCAUCGAGGACAUCAUCAUUUCUCUAUCAUAUUUUUGUGAUGUCGUCCGAAUGGUCACAUUCCAGCUGGCUCUGACAUACACCAAGAAAGUCACGAUUCCAACCAUUGCCGAAACGUCGCCUGAUGCAACCUUUUGGGGGCUCUUCACUUGUUCGUGGGCUUUCAUCAGCUGCACGCUGCCUAAAGUCGGCGUUGCAAUCCUCCUCAUAAGAAUUUUCAACCCCCCCAAAUCCGCGCGUACCGCAAUUUUGGUAUGCGUUAACAUAUUCUUCCUGUACUGCUUUGUCGGCUUCUUCAUCUGUUUCGUUCAGUGUACGCCCAUGGCUGGACAAUGGAAUCCUUUCAAGUACCCAGAAACCAAGUGCUGGCCGCGCAACGUUCAGAUGAUCUACGCCUUAGUUGGAAGCUCGUCUUCUGCACUCCUAGACUUUCUAUUUGCACUGUAUCCAGGUUACAUGAUAUGGGGAUUGAAGAUGCCUUUAUGGAAGAAGAUAAGCACCAUCUGCUUCAUGAGCUUGGGAUUCCUCGCUUUUGCCUUUGCGACCGUGAAAGUCGUCAACAACGGCAGCCUCCUUGGGAACCCGACUAUUGUCGAACUGUUCACAAAGGUGAUUCACAUUGGUCUUUGGAACAGUCUCGAGAACGAUUUCAUCAUCAUUGCAGCAUGUCUGCCAUCGACUCGCCCUUUAUUCAGGCGCUGCAACACAAUAGCAAAGACACACCUCACGGCAUCUAGGCCAACACGCAUGAACUCAGACUCCGAAUCCCACAACUCAUUUGCACUCAAGAAACCUGAACCGCUGGAGAUAACGGACCCGAGAUGGCACGAGGGCAAGCUAGAGCCGACGCAUACUAUGAACUCGAUUUAUGUUCGACAUGAUGUUAUAGUUGAGAGGCCGGACCCUUGGGGCACGUCUAAGCAAUCAGUGUGAUCUAUAUGGGUACAUCGAGUCAAGAAUGACAAUGAGGCAUUCGAGUCAAUGAUCAAGCGCUUUACAUUUGGAAUGGUCAAAAUCAGGAAAUUAAACAUUUGUUGCUGUAUGAGGUUCAUACGACGAUGAACAAUUAAACUAGAUUUUUUUCUAAUACAAUAUGAGGAUGCGA